UAGCCAUACGUUACUGUUGACAUAUGGAGGCUCGGCGGCUACAGCGGCGCUACUCUGCUGUCAUUCUCUGAGCUAUCUGGCCGGUUUAAACAUGACCGACUCCAUUUAAACCGUUUAAACCGGGAGGAACCUUCACACCAGGGGCCUCAGCAGGGGAGGAGGUCGGUGAAAUAGCUGACUGUAGCGCUUUUCCUCGGCUGUUGACGGAGCAGUGACAGCGCGCCAUCAGCUGCAGCCUUGACGGACCAUAGACUUUAUAUACAGUCUAUGAGACGAACCCGCAGGUAUGUCGACAUCCGCGACCCGAGACACGGCGGUGAAGAAGAAGCACGUCCGCUUCGCCUCCGUGGAGGACGACGACGACGACAACGACAACGACGAGCAGGAGGAGGACACCCUGUUUGACAAGAGAAAGGACGCGGGCAGGGGGCUGAAGAGCGCCCUGAAGGCGGUCAAGAGGACGCAGAAGCCGGGAUGCGACGAGCGGGUGGAGGUGGUCGGCGGAGGAAGGGGCGGAGGUGGAGUGGUCGGCGGAGGAAGGGGCGGAGGUGGAGCGUGCGGCCGCUGGAUGGUCACCCUGGCGCUGUGCGGCUCCUUCCUGGGCUUGGGGAUGAGUAUCUCUGUUCUUGGCCCCACAUUCCACGAUCUGGCUGUAAACGUGAAGAAGGACAUCAGCAACAUCUCGUACAUCUUUGUGGGCCGCUCUGGGGGCUACAUCGGCGGAUCGCUGUUGGGAGGGCUUCUCUUUGACUGCGUUAACCCCCACCUCCUGCUAGGCUCUUCUAUGCUGAUCACAGCGUUUGGAAUGUGUGCCAUCCCUUUCUGUAAGCAGGCGCUGCUCCUCACCGUGUUCAUGUCCAGCAUUGGGAUGUCGAUGGGCGUUCUGGAUACAGGUGGAAACGUGCUCAUACUGAACACAUGGGGUGAGCAGGCGGGUCCCCACAUGCAGGCUCUGCACUUCAGCUUUGCAGCCGGAGCCUUCAUGUCUCCCAUUAUCGCCAAGCUGGUGUUUGGAACCGACGGGAACAGCAGCAGCGUCGGAGUCUCACCGACCGAUGCCACGCCUGCCACCACCACGCAGGUCACCAAAGCCCUCGAUACUCACACGACGAUCCGCUACAUCCACAGCAAGAGCAGCACCCUCAAAUCCAUGUGGGCCUACAUCGUGAUCGGCUGCUUCAUCUUCCUCAUGUCCUUCCUCUUCUUCAUCCUCUACUCUCGCAGCAGCACGUCUCGUGAUAAAGCCCGCGCAGCGUCAACCAAGCCGCUGACGGCCAAACACCACAUCGCCCUCAUUGCCCUGCUCUUCUUUUUCUUCUUUGCCUACGUAGGUGCAGAGGUAGCGUACGGCUCCUUCAUCUUCACCUACGCCAAGGACUACGUUAAGAUGAAGGAGCCGCAGGCGGCCGGGCUGAACUCACUGUUCUGGGGGUCGUUCGCCGCCUGUCGAGGUUUGGCCAUCUUCUUUGCGGCCUGCAUGUACCCAGGAACCAUGAUCCUGCUCAGCCUGUUCGGCUCCACCAUCUCCUCCCUGCUGCUCUGCCUCUUCAGUAAGGAGCAGGCGGCGCUGUGGCUGUGCUCCGCCCUCUACGGGGCGUCCAUGGCCACCACCUUCCCCAGCGGCAUCUCCUGGGUGGAGCAGUACACCACGGUGACGGGUCACACGGCGGCGAUCUUCGUGGUGGGCGCGGCGCUGGGCGAGAUGGUGCUGCCGGCACUUGUAGGCCUCCUGCUGGGGAAGUUCCACGACCAGCCGCUGCUGAUGUACCUGUCACUGGUCACCGCCACCUUCACCUCCAUCCUCUUCCCCGUCAUGUACAAGCUGGCGUCGUCACCCGGCAGCCAGAGCAGGAAGCCCAGAGCCAGGGGCCAACCGGACUUGGAUGACAGCGAGUACCGUCAGGCGCUGCUGGACUCGGUGCCCAUCGAAGAAGAGGAGGAAGAGGAGCAGGAGAACGAGGCCGAUCAGUGGAACGACGCUGACUUUGAGGUAAUUGAAAUGGACGACACAUCGAGUCUUGUUAACUCGCCCAACAAGGCGUCCUCUCCUCCUGAUGUUGCUGCUGCCAUCUCCAACAGUCAGGGGACGGAGCCGACAGCCGGAGCGUCGUUUUCAGACGCCAUCUCUCUGGAGGGAGAAUCCCCGAGUGACAAACUGCUGCUGUCUUUGGACAGAGAGAAAAGAGACUGAAUACUACAUCUGUGACUCUGAAGUGCUGCCAAUCUCACACUCAACACUGGAACAUUUGUUGAAACUCCAACAUUUAUGUACAGUUCUUGGAUUUACUGUGCAGUGAAUGCAACGCUGGCUACAGAAUGCAGCUUCACAAUAUGUCAACUCAGUUUGCGUAAAAAGUCUCGGGCAUCUUUUAAAGCUUUUGGACUCCUGCUGGAUGAUGAUCAGAUUUUACUGUUUUAAACUGUCAUGUUGAUUCCGUGUGAUCCUCCGUCGCUCCUCGGCGAGAUAGAAGAGGCAACAAAACAGAAGUUUGAGGGCUGAGAGGAUUCAGUGCCUUGCAUGAGGACACAUGAGCAGAGUUGAACCAGGGACCUUCACCCUCGUCAUCACCUGCCAGACUGAUCUUUAAAUGUCAUUUAAUUUUGCACUACUGCAGUUAUGUAACAGCAGCGAUGAGAAGAUAGUUGG